AUGGCCUUACCAACUACAGGUAUUGAGGUCGCCGCGGCGGAUAGACGGAUGUCGAGCGCGAACGAAGCCGCGCUGGCCGCCCUGCCAACCAUUAUGCUGCGACGCCUACCACGGCAUACUAGUCCUGAGGCAGUACGAACCAUGCUAUUGUUCGCCAAGGACCUACGAGAUACAGAAAUCGUCCCAAACGAAUAUGAGGAGGACGUCGGCUUUGCGACCGCAAUCGCCAGAUUCUCCUCCUUCGCUGGUGCGUCCGAAGCCCAAGCAAUGCUCGAUGGGAAGCCCAACACAGCCGGACAGGCCAAAAUGGUUGUGGAGGUCAUAUCCAUCCCAUCCAUGGCCGCGAUUCCGCGGCGCAACACAAUUGAUCCUCUAGCGGGCCGCAAAGUGGCACAGUCGGUAUCACCUCCCACGUCCAGCGCUCAGAGGUCGUCACGCUUCAACGGCACCUUUCAGGCCAUGGACAGGACGUCCCCACCAUUGAUUGGAUCGCCCUUGGAACAUGCCACUUCCAACAGCUCGCAGUCGCAGACCAUGUUUUCGUCUCUGUCGCCCGUGGCCAGCGCGAUGGCGGACCGGCCUAGGGCUAGCGGCAAAAAGGUCAUCGAUGAGGAUGGCGCAGAUGAUGAUACAGGCGAGCUCAUCAAGGACCCACUGGCAUAUAUGCAUGGCUCUUCUACGAAUGGCGCGGCGAAGAAGUCGACAAGCCAACACAUGCCUACCGCGGCAUUCUCAGCGCUGUCUCUGAAUACCAAUAUCGGCAACGGCGCGGCGAACAACUACGUGUCGCCGCGAUCCGCCGUGGGGCCUAGAACACCUCACUCACAGUUCCCCACGAUAGGUCCUAAUGGACCCUACCCACAACCUUUCAUCCGACACAAUUACCCCCCGGUCAAUCCCGCCGACCAGAAUCCGCCAUGCAAUACCCUUUACGUUGGGAACUUGCCAAUUGACACCUCGGAGGAUGAGUUGAAAGCUAUGUUUUCGAAGCAAAGGGGCUACAAAAGGCUGUGCUUCCGGACCAAACAGAACGGGCCGAUGUGUUUUGUGGAGUUUGAGGACAUAUCAUUCGCGACGAAAGCUUUGAAUGAAUUGUAUGGGGCGCAGCUCCACAACAGUGUCAAAGGUGGCAUUCGCUUGAGCUUUUCCAAAAAUCCACUUGGGGUGCGAGCGGGCCAGCCGGGCAGCAACAGCCCGCCCACGCCUUUGAGUGCCGCUGGACCUCUGGGCGUCAAUGGGUACACCAACAUGACGCCUGGCGGAUUCUCGACGGCCAAUGGACCGCCACCGGGGCUUUCGGUACCCCCGGGGCUGAACAUGGGCGUCGUGAGCGGAGGAGUUCCCCAAGCCGCGUUUGUCAACCAAGGCUUCGCCGUCGGCAACGGGCCCGUGCCUAACAUACGGGGGAUAUCCAUGAGUAAUGGCGCUCAAGCACCGGGAAUGGGUGGCGUGUACCCUGAUUACAUGCUUGGAAGGUAA